AGGGGCCGGCCGGGUCGCUGUCCCUCCCUCCCCGGGCCGGGAAGGGGAAGCGAAAGCGAAAGGCGGCCCCGGGACGGCUCCGGAGGUGUCUGAGGAGCCUCCGGCAGCCCCGGCCGCGCCCCCAGCCCGUCCCGGCCGCGUCCGCCGGGAGCCGAGCGAAAACUGUCCAGAAGCCUCUGAAUUCUGGCUGCUCAAUCCAAACCAGGAAGGGAUUCCGGGAUCCAAAACGUCAGUUUCAAGCCUCAGAGUGGCGGCGGUGUGGGCUCAGAAUCGAGGUGAGCGUUCCCAGGUUUCCAUGGAUUUUACCAGCCCCCCAUUAUCUCUACAAGACAAUGGGUUUAGUAUGGUACCCCCUGAUCCAUGUGGGACAUCCCUGGAAGAGAUGGAGAAACUCAAGGAAGAGCUGAGGAUAUGGAAGACAAGAGUUGAAGAUGCUGAAAAGGUAAAAGCUGACCUUAUUUCCUCCAAAUCAAGAGCUGAUGCAGAGUGUGACAGAGCAGAGAAGAAGCUGACGGAGCUGAAGGAGCAGGAGAAGCAGCGUCAGGACAGAAUCACCAGCUCUGAGCAGGAACUGUUGCUGCUAAAGCAAGAAAACACUGAGCUGAAAAAGGAGAUUGAAAAGCUCAAAGAAGAGCUGAAAGAACAGAGUUCCCAGGAUAGCCCGUUGGAGAUGAAAAAGAAGGUGGCAGAAAUGAAGUUGAAGUUCACUCACCUGGAAGAGAUGAAGGAUGAUGGGGCACCUGUGGAUAUGGACACCUACUGUGUCUUUGGGGUGGCCACAAAAACCCCCUUCAGACUCAACCAGAACCAGGCACUGCUGACUUUUGAAGAUGAAGAAGUUGCCGAGAGGCUGACAAGGAUGAGCAAGCACUGUGUGAACCUGGACAACACAACAGCAAAUGUCACAGUGAAGCCUUUUGAACUUGACAUGGGAUUCCAGUUUGAGCUCCACGUCACUGUCUCUGGAAAGAAGAUCAACGUUUCAGACAUACCUGAGCUUCCCAUUCCUGAAGAUUGGAUGAGAGACAAACUUGAGCUGCAUUUCUACAAAACUGAGCAGGCAGAAGGAGGAGGAGAAAUAGAAAAUGUGACCUACCACAAGGGGUCUGGGACAGGUGUCAUCACAUUCCUCAACCCUGGAGCAAGCUACAACUUUGUGAGAUGUACUAAAUACCCUUUCUGUGGUGGGGAAAGGUGGUUCAUCGUUUCUGUCUCCCCACAUUUUGAUUUCCACUUGCGGAAGUUUCAGUCGCACUGCAGGGUUUCCAAGAAAACCAUCCUGCUGAAAGGAAUCCCAGAGGUGGAAGAGGAUGAAGAAAGUGUGCAGGACAUGAUUGAAAUUCACUUCCAAAAGCCAAGCAAUGGUGGGGGGGAGAUAGAGCAAAUCAAAUACAUCUCCAGAGGAGCAGCCUAUGUUUGCUUCGAGGAGGAUACUGAGAGUACCAGCUCAGAAAUCACAGGGGACUCGUGAAGUCCUGAGGUUUUGUUCCUCAGGGAUUUCUGUAGAUAUUGUGUGUGCUUUAAUGCUCUGGCAUUGAUACUGUAGCAAAGGAAUCCCUGCCUUCCUGCCUUGUCUCGUGGCACUGGCUUUGCAUGGGGAGUCAGCAAAACUCCCCGCCUGUGUUACAGAUUAAAGGCACAGACCAAGCCUGAAACAGCUCAGAUUUUCUGCAACUUUGCAUAUUUCAUACCUUGCAGAUUUUAAGGUGCUCCAGAGUGGGAUGAGUGGAUUAUUUCUUACAUUACAAAAGCCGUAUUAAUCCCAAUCCAAGCCUCCUCCCAGUCCUGCUGUGUUCAGUGGCAAAGCUUCAGAAGGUGGCUCUGACACCACUCCAGUCCUGCUGAGGUUGCUGAGUGCCACCAGAACUCAAACACCUGAAAGCAUCCUGUAAUUUCAGAAAAGCCACCUUAUCAAAUCAGUGAUAGAAUUAAAAUAGAAAAUGGGGCUGCAAAACCAAGAAAUUGCACUUCAGAAAUGCCCUGGCAUUUGCUGCCUUUAGCUGUUCAUAGCCUGCGUUAUUGUUUGAUUUUAAUAUUUGUUUCUGCAAUUGAAUUUUCCUAAUUUUUGUCCACGAUUUUGGUUAUUUUAAACUAUUUCAGCCAAAGAUUGAGCUGAUGCUGUACCUGGUUUUGUAACAGUGCUGCUGAACAGCCCUGAGGGAUCUGGUGAUCCCAGGCUUGGGCUAGGACGGUUUGGAGAGAGUUAUUUUCCAAGGAGGAAUGUUUUCAUGUUUUUCCUUUUCUGCUCUCAUCCUUGGAAAACAAAUCCUCCUCUGACUUUGCACUUUGCCAUCCUUGGGGCUGAAAUGGUUUGGCCCUAACAAUCUUAACUCCAAACUAAGACGAGCCUGACAUUGGAAAUAAUUUAUUUUGGGGGUAUUUGACAUCUUGAUAUGCAGGGAAAGGAGAGGGAAUACCUCAGGGAUUAUUAUUCCAGACAAACUGUUAAUUGGCAGUGGAUAAAAGUUGAAUAUGGAAAAUGAAAAGGCUGCAAACACCAGAGUUUCUUUUGAAUUUGCUCUCGAGUGAGAAACAUGUGACUGUAGCACCUCUCACUGUUUAGGGCAUGCAAAGGCAGGGAUUGAUUACCCGACCACUGUAAAAUAAUAGCAAUUACUUCAAACAAAGUAGUGCUGAAGAAUUUACAGAAAUUGUGCACCUUUGCACCCUCAAAAACUUGGUAAGACCAGACACCCUAAAAAGAGAGGGGGAAAAACCUGAGAAAGUUGAAAUUAAUGACAUUUUUUACCUAUCUCACCGAUAAAUAUUGACAAGUAAAUCAUUCAAAAAAGGAAAAAGCUUUAAAUUCUCAUAAGAUGUGACUCAUGAGGAUUAGUGAGAAGCUGCAGGUUUCAAAGCCCAGAAAAUAAAUCAGAUUUUACACUUGAAAGACAAUGUCUAAAUGUCUUACCUUUGUCCCUGAUUAAUUAUGGCUUGUGAUGAUUACCCUGUUAAAUUUUAAAGCAGCAGUGGUGCUUUAAAGACUGGAGACUGGUUUUAAUGAUGAAAACUAAGAAUAAAGCGUCAGUGAUGUGUCUAUAAA